CAUUAUUUCCAGCGCUGCAGGGAGACGCUUUAUUCUAAUAUUCUAUUUAUUGUAAUAUUCUGCCGGGAGCUUCUUGCCCGAUACCCGCUCCCAGCCAGCCGACACCCACUGCAAAACGGAGGGACAGCGGCUCUCAUCUGCCUCAUCCCGGGCCCCAAACAUGAUGCUCCUGCCGCUUGUCGCUCUCCUCCUGCCGCUCCCCCUCUGCUCCUGGGCAGCUGCUCUACUCCGCCCGGACUCUCAUGGGCCCCGGAUAAUGCGCAGAAUAGACAGUCAGCAGGGGUGCCAAGCAGAACGGGAGUGCCCCCCGGGGAUGAUGUGUAUUUCUGGGAACUGCACCGAGCCGGGGUGCCAAGCAGAACGGGAGUGCCCCCCGGGGAUGAUGUGUAUUUCUGGGAACUGCACCGAGCCGGUAACUGACAGUGGCAUUGGGGGGAAAUGUGAUCCAAACAAUGAUCAGUGUGAGCCUGAGUUCUGUUGCUCCAAAACAGAAGCAGGGAAGUUACCGGUGUGUGCUCCAUUCCCAGCAGAAGGAGAGCGGUGCAGGAUCCAACCCAUUAGUUUAUUUAAUCUGCUACAAACGGAUUCAACGGCAGAGUCGGAGCUCAGUUACUGCCCUUGUGCAGCAGGACUUGUGUGCACCAACAACGGCUUUAAUUUAAUUUCUACCUGUGAGAAGCCAGAGGAGGUCCUUGAUUUCACAACAUACGGAACGGAAUCUCUCCUGCAGCCUUUGGUCCGUAGGGAUGAGGAGCUGACCUAUUAUGACUCUGAUCUUAUACCUUGGCCCUCACAGCCUGACCAGUUAAUGGUUAAUCUCCCAAGAGCUGCGGAAGAAAGUGCAAGAGAGUCAGAACAUGUCUUGAAAGCACUGAGUGAGGAUGUGGCUGGUAACUUGGAGGAGGAGAGCUUGCACUUAGAUCAACACACACAUGAACAGCCCGACCCAAGUCCACUGGAAUUCCUGGAGCUGAAACAACUUGCCAAAAACAUUGGACAAUAUGGUUUUUAUUAAUGAUGCCCCCUGGCCAUCUCAAUUCACAAUGCAAGAGACAUAGGGGGAAAUUUACUAAAGGGCGAAGUGGCUAACACUGGCGAAAAUUAGCCAGCAUGACGUCAUUUCGACACUUCGCCAAUUUAUUCAUGGGUGCUGGCAUAAUUAAACUAGCGAAGGAGAUAUACUUUAGCGCAACUUCGCACUCUAACGCCAGGCGUAUUUUUGUUCUGGCAAAGAGCGUUACUA